AAAACCGCAAGAGUAAUUAAAACUUGGUCGAAUAUGGAUUAUCAUAAGCUAGCUGCUUCAGGUUUUCCAUGUCAAAAUAAAGAACUUCAGCACUAAAAACAGGCAAGGAAACAAAAAAAAAGAAAAGAGCGAGCAAGACUAAUAGAGGCCACACGGUAUUUCUUUCAGAUCUACAACAAAGACAAGCAACAUGAUUAAUUGGCUGUUAACAGAUCAUUUGGAGAUGGCUGGGUUGGCGUCGGCUGUUGAUUUUCCUGGACCACUACACCUUCCGCAUUCCACUUGUGAGAACAAUAUAUGGUUUAGGCGCAAGAAACAGAAAAGGUAAAGUAGUUUCAUAAGAUUAAAAUUGGCCGCCGAGCUUUAAGAGGGCAGCAACGCCAUGAAAAGCUGAGGAAACAAAAAUGACAUGGUAGGCUUUCAUCCACCGUCACCUUUUACAUUGCCCUCUACCACCUGGUAGUGCGUGAUUGCUAAUACUUGUUUGCUUACCAGUUGCUGCAGGCCAGGCCAGGUGACAUCUCAUAUUCUGUGUUAAUGAAAAACUUCCCACUACAAAUGAGAAGUACAAUUCUGAAGCAUCGUAAAUGCAUGUAUACUGAACAAGAGGUUUAUUAAGUUUAAAGAACAGACAAACCAGAAACUCGAAGAAAAAAUUGUGUCGGUUAUGGUAGCCCCUUUUGAACCCUCUGAGCCAUGGUCUCCUGUGAGAUCAUCGAUGGGAAGCAGUUGGACUGGCGUGCACUCUGUGACCCAUGAGCUUAAGAAAUACAUCCUUUCAUCAGAAUCGACUGCCAAAUCAGAAACUGCAUCCCAGAGUUUGUCUGCUUAGUUUGUCGUGUUUUUCUAACCACCACUUCCUCUGCUAAGUGCAGAGGAUACCUUGCGCUAAAGAUUCAAGGAAACAAUUAGAAUUUCCCCUGCCUUGCAUGCCAACCAUUGAAAGCAGAGAAUCAUGUCAAAGGUAUGGCUCUUUCUAGCCCUAGCCUUCGCCACACUAGACUCGGUGCUAAGCAAGCACAGGCGCUUGCCGCCUCCAUUGCCAGUUCUUCCCUUACCCAGUGCAGCGCAACUAAGAUGGCAGCAAAGAGAAUUGGUCAUGUUUUUCCAUUUUGGCAUGAACACGUUUACCGACUCCGAGUGGGGAUCCGGACACGAGGACCCAAGGCUGUUCAACCCAUCGUUCCUAGACGCAAGUCAGUGGGUCAAGGUGGCUGCAGAUGCCGGCUUCUCCCUUGUGAUCCUUACUGCUAAACACCACGAUGGCUUCUGCCUGUGGCCUUCGAAGUACACGGACCAUUCUGUGAAGAGCAGUCCAUGGAAGAAUGGUGAAGGAGAUGUUGUUCGUGAAUUCAUGGAGGCUGCUCAAGCCAGAGACUUGGAUGUUGGCCUCUAUCUCUCUCCAUGGGAUCGGCAUGAGAGGACCUAUGGGCUUCAACUGGAGUACAAUGAGUAUUACAUGGGGCAGCUUCAAGAACUCCUCGACGGCGAGUAUGGACAUGUUUCAGAGAUUUGGUUCGACGGAGCAAAAGGCAAUAAUACGAAGAACAUGACUUACCAUUUCAACGAUUGGUUUUCAACGGUGAAGCGAAUGCAGGGGUCAAUUAACAUUUUUUCAGACGCCGGCCCAGAUGUUAGAUGGGUUGGAGGUGAAACGGGUACUGCCGGUACGACCUGUUGGUCUCCUAUCAAUAGAACCUCUCUCCGAAUUGGAGAUGGAAGCAUCAUAGGGUACUUGAAUACGGGCGAUUCAAACGGCAGUGAAUGGGUGCCUCCAGAGUGUGAUGUUUCCAUCAGACCUGGUUGGUUUUGGCACAAAAAUGAAACCCCCAAAGCAGUGGAUGAGCUCCUUCACAUCUACUACACAUCGGUUGGAAGAAACUGCGUGCUGCUGCUCAACGUGCCGCCGAAUUCAACUGGUCUAAUCUCGGAGCCGGAUGUCAAUAGGCUAACGGAGUUUCGAUCUGCAGUAACCACCAUUUUCUCUGCCAAUUUGGCAGAGGGAGCGGUAGCUAAGGGCAGCAGCCAGAGAGGAGGAAGAAGUGGAGGAUUUUUAGCUGCCAAUGUGCUUGCCGACGACCCGCAGUCGUACUGGGCGCCGGCCGACUCGGACGAGGACCCCUGGAUCGAGCUCAGGUUGGAGAAACCAGCGGAAUUCAAUGUGGUGAGGAUACAGGAAGCCAUCACGUUGGGGCAGAGAAUCAUUAAGCAUGAAGUGUAUGUGAAGUUCACUAGCGUGGAGCAAGAUGAGCGGGGAUUGACGAAAGGCGAGAGGGUGGCCAAUGGAACCACGGUUGGUUACAAGAGGUUGCACAGACUAGGUCGUGUGGUUCGAGCCCAGGCCGUCUGGGUGCGCGUAACCGAGGCUCGUGGCCCGCCCUUGAUCUCUUCCAUAGGCCUUCACUUUGAUCCUUACUCCAAGUCUCAAAUCUCAUAGUUGGCUCGCUUUGCUCUGCUGCGACACUCGUCCAUGAUUUGAUUGAUGGACAUUAGCUGCAUUAUUGUGUAGUUAAUAAAGUUGCCAGUAAUAAUAGUGAUGACAAUGACAUGUGAGAGCUUACCUGCAGCCAGCUAGCUCUCUUUUGCAUGAUUCC